AUGACAUUGCCGUACGUGGUCGACGCCGAGACGUCUUUGUCUCCGGUUGAGCUGCAGGUGUUGCAUGAUCAGUAUGAUGCAGAGGCAGCAUCGGGGCAUAUCACGACUCAGACCAAGUUUAACUAUGCAUGGGCCCUGAUCAAAAGUACGCAGCGCCACCAAAUGCUGCAAGGUGUCGCCCUUUUGACCGAUAUCUACCGCACGGACCCGCCCCGCCGCCGAGAAUGUCUGUACUAUCUGGCUCUCGGACAUUACAAGCUGUCUAACUUUGACGAGGCGAAACGCUUCAAUGCUCUCCUGUUGGAACGCGAACCGAAUAAUUCACAAGCACAGAGCCUGCAUGCCUUAAUCGAGCAGGGUAUUGCGAAAGAGGGGUAUAUUGGCAUGGCUCUCCUUGGAGGUGCCGUCACAGUGACCGGUGUUGUGCUAACAGCGCUUCUCCGUCGAGGACGUAGGUAG